AUGUCUGAAACACAAAGCGACGUCAUUACCCAACUCAAAGAAUUAUAUGAUUUAGUCGAUCUUGAUCAUUCAGGAGGAAUUGAUUAUAAUGAAAUGGUCAACAUGCUCAAAGAAUGCAAAAUUGAUAGUGCCGUUGUCAGCACUUCACUCUUAUGGUAUGUAGCCGAUAAAGACGAAAAUGGUGUAAUUACAUUUGACGAAUUUAAAGACCUCGUCCUUGACUUACCUUCAAUUCUCGCUCUACCGGAUUUCAUUGCCGAAUUAGUUUUCGACAAAAUUGAUGCCGAUAGCUCAGGAAACAUCGGAGUUUCCGAGAUUAAGACAAUGUUCAAAUCCUUUGGCAUCCCUAUCACAUGGGACCAAGCAGAAGUCAUACUUAACCAGUUUGAUGAGGACCAAAACGGAACUCUCGAACUUGACGAGUUUGUUAAUUUCGUUAGAAUGCUUUCAUCAAAGCUGAAAUAA